UAUUUAAACCACGGUAAUUGAUGACUAAUGCAUACGUCACAACAACGAAUGUGCAACUUGAAAGAUAAACAUAGUACGUGAUCUGCAGGUGGCAAUACUGUGAACGACUAAAACAAUACAUGAAGUAACAUCCUUUAUUUCAGCGGAAUGACAGAUCAACCAGGCAGAAGAGGCCGAGGAAGACGAGGGAGUGGAUAUAGAGGGGGAAUCCGAGAAGAAGGCAACAGGAGAGGAGGGAAUACUAGAGGAAGGGGAUUUCAUCAAAACAGAAAUCAGAGACCUCCGGAUGUUGACCGUUCACUUCAUCAUGGACAUUUUGGAUCAGGAAUUAGUUUAUCAGACAGCGAAGAUAGCGAUACAGAUAUAUUUGGGCACAGUGUUAGAAGCCAAGGAAGACGAGGGAGUGUAUAUAGAGGAAGAAACCGAGAAGAAGGUUACAGAAGAGGAGGGAAUACUAGAGGAAGGGGAUUUCAUCAAAACAGAAAUCAAAGACCUCAAGAUAGUGACAGCUCACCUUUCCAAAGACCUUAUUUGCCAGGAAUCAGUUUAUCAAGCGGCGAAGAGAGUGAUACAGAUACAUCUGUACACAGUGUUAGGGAGUAUGCACGUUCAAGUAGCGUAAGAGAUAGAACAUCGAAGUAUGCUAGAGAUACAUAUGAAGGCAAGGGAAAUACUAAUGCAGCAGCCAAAAGAGGUCAAAGAGGAAAUUCCGGUUUUAGUCGCCAGGAUAACCAACAGAUGAAAGUUACUGCUGCAUCAAACAUGAGAGGGGCAAAAAGAGGACAUAAUAUGAGCAAGAAAGGCGAAAAACACUGGAAACAGGUCUUUGGAUACAGCCGAUUGCUUGAACUAAUAAAUAAACUACCGAGCGAUAUAGUUUUUGAAUUCAGCGCUAAUAUAGAUUUGUCAAAGAAUGUCCUUGAUUGUACAAACCACAGUGAUGAAAUGAUAGAACUGAUUUUGAAUUGUCUUUCUAAAGCUUGCAAGUAUACAGGGCUUAGGCAACAAGUUCUACAUAUAUUAACUACACUUGAAGCUUCAGAGUUUCUAAAGAUUACUCUUCUUAAGUUUAUUGUAAAAUUAAAGUCGUUACCCAAAAUAAGCUUGGAACAGUAUGAAGCUUCUAUGCUAUACAUUCUGAACAUUUGCAAAGAAAUAAAAUUAAGAAUACCGAGCUCAAUGUUCCAAGUUGUAGGUAUAACAACAAUAUUAGGACAGAUAGUAUUAAAACUUUCAGACAGUGAAAGACCAAGUUCGCAAGAAUUGAUAUUAGCAUAUAGACACUUAGAUGACUCAAACGAAGAAGAAAUGGAACAGAUUUCCAGUGAUACUGAUAAGUCAUAUGGACAAUCGGCUUUGGAGUCUAACCAACAACCACCACAAGACUUCCAUGAAAUUCCAGUAUUUCCAGAAAUGCAUGAUAUCCAUGUUGAUAUAUAUCCCUUUUUAAGAAAAAAUAAGAUUUUUGGUGGAUAUGAAAAUCUGCAACAUUAUCUAGACGUACAAUUCCGAUUACUUCGAGAGGAUUUUAUAGGACCUUUACGUGAUGGAAUUCAAGAUUACAUAGCAGCUUUAAAAAGACCAAAGGAGAAGGGAAAUAAUCCAAGGGAGAUAAGGGUGUACACUGAUGUACAGAUAAUAAGUACAGUAUGUAACAGCAGUGGCUUAUGCAGAAGAGUUAGUUUCUCAUGUCCAGGUUUUAAACGUAUUAGAUGGGAAUCAAGCAAGCGCCUUUUGUUUGGAUCUUUAGUAUGCCUAUCAUCAGAUAAUUUUGACACCUUGUAUUUUGCAACUGUCGGAAAUAGGGAUCUGAAAGACUUGAAGAAAGGUUUGGUUGAUUUGAAAUUUGAAACAGAUGCAAGCGAAAUAGUAAUGUUAUCUGAAAGAUUAGUGCUUGUUAUGGCAGAAUCAAACGCAUUCUUUGAAGCGUACCGACAUGUGUUGACAGGUUUAAAAUCAAUGCACAGAGGAGACCUUGCAUUCGAGAAAUAUAUUGUUUCCUGCGAAACAGAUGUCGAUCCGCCAGCGUACCUUCAGAGGAAUCCUAGAGCUCGAUAUGAUCUCAGACCAUUAGUAGACACGGAUGUGAUAAUCUAUGACAAAACAUGUCAUCAUUUAAGAGGGCGUCAGCCAGUGUAUACAUUUAGUGCACAAUCACAACUUGCUUACAAUGUCAAAGUAAACAAUGUAAGAAAUUGGCCAGACCCGGAGAUGUUACACUUGGAUGAAUCGCAGUUUGAAGCAGUUCAAAUGGCUCUUUCAAAAGAAUUUGUCAUUAUCCAAGGACCACCAGGGACAGGAAAGACAUAUAUCGGCCUGAAAAUAGUAAAGGCUCUUCUUCACAAUAAAGAUAUAUGGUGUCCUGAUGAAAAUAAUAGUAGUCCGCUCCUGGUAGUAUGCUAUACUAAUCACGCGUUAGACCAGUUCCUAGAAGGAGUUAUAGGUUUUUACAAAGGAAAUAUUUUACGACUUGGAAGUAGAAGUUCCAGCGAAGUAAUGAAACUGCAUAACAUCAAUUCAAAGAGAAUGGCGUUGCGAAGAGACAGAAGUGCGCCACUUGCUUUGUUCCGAGAAAGGGUAAAAGCACGUGUUCAUAUGAACUCCCUGAAGGCUGCUAUAAAUAAAAUUUCAGAAAGAAUUGAAGUAGCUAAGCGAGAGGUGUUACACGAAGAAACGCUGGAGACAGCUAUAGGACAAGGAUUAUGGCGUCAGCUGAUACACGGCCAUCAGUUAUUGAUACAAGAAAUGAUGGCACACGGCUUUAAUCAACAAUCCGGGAAGAGGGAAAGUGCAAUUUUAGAGUGGCUAGGCUAUGGAAAUCUUACAUGUGGUCAGGAAACAUUACAUUUGCCCUCUUUGUCAACAACACGGGAUUUAUUAACCGGAAACGACGAAGAUGAUGAAGAAGACGAUGAGGACGAAUUUAUUGAUGCGGUUGAUGAAGCUGAUGGUGAAAUGCAGAAUAGAUUGAUGGACAUAUUUGAUGAUGAAAAUUAUGAAGAAAUAGACGAUGAUGGUGCUAUAACCGAAAUAACAAAUAUGUUGCAAGCAAUUGGGUUAACAACAAACACAGUAGCAUUAGAUGUUUCAAGCAUCGGAAAGGAGGAAGCAGUCGGAACAGAAGAAUGGAAACUUGAUCGGAAACAGAAAAAAGCGAUUAAGAAAAUAAUUAGAAAAGAAUUGGCAUCGCCUGAUAAAAUGAACAGUAGUGAAGUAACUAGGAUACAAAAUAUAUGGAAAAUUGUACAAAAAGAUAGAUGGCGCCUCUAUAGAUACUGGGUAUAUUGCUACUGUGAAACCCUACAAUACCAAGUUGAAUUAAGAGAACAGGAAUUCCAAGAGGCGUGCGACAUUGCAAAUGAAAUGCAAUUGCAUGAAGACAAAGAGAUUAUGCGUCGAUCGUCAGUGAUUGGCCUUACAACAACAUGUGCCGCACGGUAUCAAUCAGUUUUGAAAGAAAUAGGACCAAAAAUAAUCGUCGUGGAGGAGGCUGCCGAGGUACUUGAAGCCCACGUUAUCACAACGCUGAGCAAGCAUUGUGAGCAUCUCAUUCUAAUAGGUGAUCAUCAACAACUGAAGCCAAAUCCGACUGUAUACAAACUAGCUAGAGAUUACAAACUAGAAAUAUCCCUUUUUGAAAGGCUGAUCAACAAUAAAUUGGACUACCGUUGUCUUGCGCUGCAGCAUAGAAUGCGUCCUGAAAUAUCUAGAGUCAUGAGGAUUAUAUACCCUCAACUGUUAGAUCAUGAAUUCGUGAAGUCUUAUGAUCCAGUAAAGGGAGUUUCUACUAACGCAUUUUUCAUUGAGCAUACUGAAAUGGAAAUGUCUGAUGCAGACAUAAAAAGUCAUUCUAAUAUACAUGAAGCAGAGUAUAUCGUAGCAUUAUGUAAAUACCUUCUGCUACAAGGAUAUAAACCUGAUCAGAUUACUGUUCUAACUCUUUAUUCAGCCCAGUUAUUUGAAUUAAAACGAAGAAUGCCAAAAUCGAAUUUCAAUGGUGUUCACUUAACAGUUGUGGAUAACUAUCAAGGAGAAGAAAAUGAUAUAAUUCUCCUUUCCUUAGUUCGCAGCAAUGCAAAAAAAAAUUUGGGAUUUCUGAGCAUAGAAAAUCGUAUCUGUGUAUCGUUAUCUAGGGCGAGAAAGGGGUUAUAUGUCAUAGGCAACUUUCAAAUGUUGACGAAAGACAAGCUUUGGGGCAAAAUCGUGUCUCUAGCUAGAAAAGAAAAGAUGAUUGGAAACAGUCUCGCUCUCUACUGUCAGAAUCAUCCAAACGAUGAUGGAAUAUAUGCCAUGACAGCAAAUGAUUUUAAACAAGCACCCGAAGGUGGUUGCAUGAAGCCAUGUGAGUUCCAGUUAAAAUGUGGACAUGCAUGUACCAGAGCUUGUCAUAUUUAUGAUAAGAAGCAUAAAGAAUAUGUGUGUAUGAAACCAUGUCAAAAGACUGUUUGCGAAUUAGGUCACAAAUGUACUGGUAUUUGUAGCAAGAAGUGCAAGAAAUGUAAAGUAACGGUCCCUAAAAUCAUACCGAAAUGUGGACACGUGCAAAAUGUGCCAUGCUCUCAGGAAUCUUUUACAUUUAUAUGUCGAGAGAAAUGCGAAAUUGUAUUGUCAUGUCAGCAUAUAUGCCAGAAUUCAUGCAGCGAUAGUCAUACAGUUUCUUGCCAGGAAGAAAUAACAAAAACAUGGCCAUGUGGUCACUCAUCGACAGUCAAAUGCUGCAAACAAGAUGGAAAAUGUCCGAAGCAAUGUCGGCAAAUUUUAGACUGCGAACAUAUGUGUAAAGGCACAUGCGGAGACUGUUUCUAUGGACGACUACAUAGAUCAUGCAAAAAAGAAUGCAAACGUCCUUUAGUGUGUGAACAUCUGUGUAAGGACAAAUGUUCAAACUGCCCGCCUUGUACACGUAAUUGUCAGAACCGUUGUGUUCACAGCAAAUGUCAAAAAUAUUGUGGUGACGUAUGUAUUCCAUGUGUCGAACCAUGUGAAUGGCAGUGUGAGCACCAUUCAUGUAAAGAGGUAUGUAGUGAACCUUGCAAAAGACCUCGAUGUAAUCAUUCGUGCAAGAAGAUGCUGAAGUGUGGACAUGAAUGCAUUGGUCUGUGUGGUGAACUAUGUCCAGUUGUUUGCAGGAUAUGCAGUUACGAUAAAGUACAAGAAAUUUUCUUUGGCACAGAAGAUGACGACGACGCUCGAUUCGUUCAGUUGCAAGACUGUUGCCAUUUUUUUGAAGUGAGUGGCAUGGAUCGUUGGAUGGAUGAAAAUAUUGACAGCGACCAGACCAAAAACAGCAUCAAAUUGAAGGAGUGUCCUAAAUGCAAAACUCCAAUUAGAAGAAACUUGAGAUAUGGAAAUAUGAUAAAAGAAGUUCUUAAAGACAUUGAAUGUGUUAAAAAACAAAUGAUUGGUGAUGAAAAGAGGAUUAAUCAAAUCAGUGAAUCGAUUCAAGAAGGAAUUGUCAAACUAACAAUAGAGGAUCGCGCAACCGUAAAACAGCAAAUGGAAAUAAUGUCGAAAAGACCAGUUUCAGUACAGAAUUUUGCAACAGUGAAUAACCAGAUUACUUUCUUUAGACGCCUUUCUGGUCUAGAAAAACAACAUGGAAGACAGACCGAUACUAAAUUGAUGCUCAGUAUGUAUUCAGCUGGAUUUUAUGAUGACAUAAAAUGCCUCCGUGAAUUCAUAGCAAACGAACGCAAGUAUUUCACUUCACAGGAAAUGAUUGAUAUUGUUGAUGAAUUCGACAGAUUAAAGCUUUUGGUAAAUUUCCUACACUUCAAGGUAAAAGUACCGGGAACAAUUUUUAGAUUAGAUGGGAAGAUGACGGUUGACAUGAACACAAGUGAAGAAUACCUAACAGAUGGCAAAAGAUUAUCCAAAAAAAGGAAAACCUUUGUUCAGGGAUUCAUGGAAAGCAUGAAAGAUUUACUUCCCAGGACAGGACUUGGCAUUACUGACGAGGAGCGCAUGGAGAUCGUUAAGGCAAUGGACUUGUCAAAGGGCCAUUGGUAUAAAUGUCCAAACGGGCAUGUGUACGCGAUUGGAGAAUGUGGCGGUGCUACCGUGGAAAGUACGUGUCCAGAAUGCAAGUCAACAAUUGGAGGUAGCAGCCAUAGACUAAGAGGUGAUAAUGCGCUUGCCUCGGAAAUGGAUGGUGCAACACAUUCUGCCUGGUCAGAACAGGCGCUUAUGGAAAACUACGAUCCUUUUGAAAUUAGAUUUUAGGAUAGUUAUCAGAAACAAAUUUGUUAAACAGUAAAAAAAUGUUUUAAGUUGUAUAACAGUUUCUAGCUGUAAAACGAUUGGGCUUGUGUUACGUACAAUUUUGUUUACUCGCACUGAACAACCGACUGAUCAUUUCGUUUGAAAAGGAUAUGAUCAUUCACAGCAAUUGUCGCAUAGCAAAUGGACUGUAAUUUUGAUUUUUUUCUUUUAAUUUAUUCACUUCUUGAAUACAAUAUGCUGUUAAUUGUUACACUGACAGUUUACUGACAUCAACAUUAUUAUUGAUCCAUGUUUUAUACUGUUUAUUUCUCUUUUGUCAUCCUCAGUAGCGUUUAAACAAUAAAACUAAUAAUACUAAAGAAAAUAACCAAAGAAAAUAAUCUACAAAUAGUUUAUGCAUUUUCCAUACUAAAUUUGAAGCAGUAAUGAAAUUUUACGACGGUCCUCUUGAUGACAACGAUACACCAUGGACCGUCCAUGAAUACGAACAGUACGUGAUAUAUAUACGUAUACUAGCUCUCAGCAUUUCAAAUAAAAUCGAAACACCAUGAAAUUGCAAUGAUUUUGGUCAAGUAAAUUAAAACGCUCAUUUAUUGGAUACUUGUUAUACUUAUAGUCAACUGGUUGUUGAAAAGAACGACGAAAAUAUUAAUAUGAACUUCAGUUAAUUUAGAAAAAUUUGUUAGAUGAAUACACUGCGAACUUGCUGACACUCUCAAAAAGUAUAUAGUGACGCGUGAUUGAAUCCGAACGGUUUCAAGCGAAAUUAUGAAGGUCGAUUGUCGGGCGGGUUACUAGACACAUACAUUGUGUAUUUUGAGGUCAAAAUAUUCCUGAAUUAUUUUAAAUUAUAAAGUUUGACCGUUGAACAGAAUGUACACGUAGGAAUUAAAAAAAACGGUGAAAAGUUAAGACAAAGUUUUUAAAUUAAAUUUUUUUCAUUCAGCUAUAUAAAUCUAUCAACACAUGGUAUGUGUACAUUAGUUUAAAUCGUGCUAUUUAGUAGUUACUUGGGAACGUGUCAAUUAGCUGAUAUAACAUCAUAAUGCAAAUUACUGUUUAAUUCAAUUUAUUUUGUUUUACACGUAACAUCAUGACAGUGGUUAAAAAUUUGCUUGUCAAUUUCAACUUUAUUUUGAAAUAGGUUUAAACAAUCUGAUUAUGUAGUAGCCCUUUUUUUGUUUAUACAAAAUUGUCAUUUGUUCAUGACAAUGUCAUUCGAUGUGUUUGAGCAUCACCGCUCUUCAACACUUUGUACAUUGGAUACCAAUGACCGUUUGUCCCGCCUUCUUAAAUUGAUUGACAACCGUGACAACCGUAUUUUGAACGUCAUAUCGGGACGCUUUACAUGGAUUCAAAAUAAAUAUAUUAAACUAAAAAUAAUUUUCAGUAGAAAAUCCCAAUAAACUACUUUUUCCAUUCCAUUUCAAAACAAGCAAUGCAUUUUUCAAGACAUUUAGUCAAACAUUUUUUUUAAAGCAUUCUCUUCCAAAAAAGGAAAAGAAAUCGGUGCAUAAGAAAGAAAAUUUCAGCAUGAUAUAUUUAGUACCAAAGAUAUUCAGGAGUCGUAAAUUUUACGAGAUCCAUUGAUUUCACUUAAAUAAUGUUAUGAAAACCGUGAGAGGAGUGAUCAGGAGGAAUUUUGAAGAUCACAACUAAAUUUUGGUGAAUGUUUUCGAUGAAUUAAAUUUGUCUCACGGAUAAAAAUAUUUACGAUAAUUAUUUGCUCUUCUAGUUUCAAAUCAUUGUUCAAAAUAUUUAUGGCCUUGAUAUUUAUUCCAACAUACAAUGGAAUAAACAGGUAUUUCCAAAAACACCAAUUCAACGGUUUUAUACGUAGCGACAAGUGCAUAAAUUCGCCUGAAAUUAUUAACUAUUUCAUUUACCGCAGAAGAGUCAUGUGAUCGGAGACUGAUAUGUCUAUUUUUAGGAUUAUAAUCAGUAAUAAUACAAUGUUUAUAAAGUGUCGUACAGCUUCUUCAAUCUGUCGUACUAAAUAUUCAUAACUGUCUAUUGUUGUUGCUCCCUAUUUGUAACAAAAGCGAAUGCUAGAUUCAAUUUGUCAAAUUUUUGUAAUCUUAAAUAUUUCCCUUUGCUAUCAGAUAAAAAAAAUGUUGAUAAUUCCAAGAUUAAAGUGAGAAAUUCCAAGAUUAAAGUAACUGUUGUAAAUUCCAAGAUUAAAGUUGAUAAUUCCAAGAUUAAAGUUGUAAAUUCCAAGAUUAAAGUUGGAAAUUCCAAGAUUAAAGUUGAUAAUUCCAAGAUUAAAGUUGGUAAUUCCAAGAUUAAAGGAAAGCAGCAUGUA